CGUCAUGGUAUGGUAUGUAUGGAAAGGCAGGGAAUGAGGGAUAGAGUGUAGGGAUAGAGUAGUGUAUGCACUGCUUGUGCGCCGACACACAGCUCUAUAAGCGCUCGAAAUUAGUUUUGCUUAACGUUUGCAUCGUUUCAGUCGUUUCGCUCCCAAAACACUAAACACACGUUCAAUGCAUUCAACGAUUGCCUUAUUUCUCACUCAUUAUUAGUUUUUUCAUUUGUUGUGAUUUUGAAGUUUAAUAUUGAUAUAUAAAGUGAUUAGUAUAUCGUUUAGUGCAACCCUUUGGCCAUAAUGUCCGCCGCAUUGGUGUCCUCGACAUACUUCGGAGACUUCGGCGAUCACUACCGCUCUAACGGAUCGACAACUUUGCAGAACUCAUCCAAAAACAGUUUUGGCUCACAAUUAGACAAGAAGUCGACUCUUCAAGCAGUUUAUAAUUCAGUGCAACAAAACAAUACCAUUAAUAGUAAUCAUAAUAAUAAUACCAUUAAUGGAAAUGUUAUGACCCGUCGGUUAGUGACCACUACAGCCAGUGUUCCGAUAAACUUAAGUCAUUCAUCGCAUAGAUUGCAGUCGUCGUCAACAGUGCCACCAAUGCAUCAGAAGAGUGCCAUCGGUGUCACCAAUACUCACACACCGAUCGCUCUCGUCAGAGGCCUGUCCUCCCAGUGCUCGCCAACCAAUGCCACUAUCAAUGCAAACAAUAAUAACAACAACAACAGCAAAGAGCACAAGAAGUUAGACCGCAGUUAUAGUGAACCGGCGGAGAAGUCUCAGCAACAGUUGGUUCGCCUCAACUCGGCGUCGGCCACAGUGGCGGCCGGACCCAUGUCUUCGCGCUAUAAGACAGAGCUGUGCCGCAGCUUCGGAGAGGUGGGCACCUGUAAGUACGGUGAUAAGUGUCAGUUCGCACACGGAGGCCAUGAGCUUAGGAUUAUCACAAGACAUCCCAAAUUUAAGACCGAGAACUGCAAGAGUUUCCACUCGACCGGCUUCUGUCCGUACGGUCCGCGCUGUCACUUCAUCCACAACAGCGAAGAGGCCAAGAAGAGUAUGCUUAACAACUUGUCCACCACUGGUGGCAACGGCAACGGCGCCCAACAGAAUGGCCUCAACAACAACGGCCAUCACUCACAGAACCGAAUGGCAGAACAGAUGAUGAAUAAUCUGAAUAACAAUUCUCUGGCAAACAAUGGUUUCGGUCAGACGUAUCACUCGAACCAAAGUUCCCAUCCGUUACGUCCGAAAGCGCUAUCGAUUGGUAGCUAUAGUUUGGGCUCUUCGGGAGAGAUCUCACCGCCCAGUAGUCAAAGUGGAAGCCCGACAUCGCUCAACAGCUUCUUCACUGAAGACCCCUUCAAUCCGUUUGUGUCGCCAACCAAUCAUACGUUGGGCUCGUGUGCUAACAACGCCUUCUCCUUCUCACCCGACUUCGCAUCUCUCGUCCCCACAAACAAGUCGUCCGCUUUCGGCGGUUCGCAGCCGACUCUCUGUCCGCCAUUUGGUAUCACUGCUAACCUGAACGCCGACAUUAGCAACGAAUCAGCGGCUGGAAUGCCGGCCAUGUUUUCAAAUCAGUUCCAGACCUCAAACAACGCUUACGACGAGCACAUGAAUGACGGAAUGCAAAGUAUGUCCACAACUCCGCCAUCGCAACCAUCAAAGUUGUCAUAUCCAGUGGCGUCUGAAUCACCUGUUGAUAGCAUCGCAUCCGAUGUCGAGGCACUGAAGUUGGAUCACAACAACAGUCAGGGCUCGAGCUCGCCGUCCGUCGAUAUGGCCAAAGCUGGUCCACGUCUUCCCAUUUUUGCCCGCUUUGCCAGUAAUGGCAACACUGACUCCGAUUAAGGCUCAGGUUUGGCCAUUCAGUCCACACCACGACUGACACAACUCCCAAAACCCCUCUUUCACUAUACGUUCCGUUUUGUGUCCAAUAAGUGGGCAAAUGAGAGGAAGCGCUGGAAUUUGCCCUUUUGUUAACACUCUUUAACCCUAACCUAAGCCACUCUCAGGUAAUUUAUAAUACUUUUGUGUGAAUCGCUUUCGUAUUAUUUAACACUUCUUCGGGACCAACACAUCAACACUUCUUCCUUCCAUUUCUUCUCUUCAUUUUUGCCACUUUUUUAUUAUAAUUUCUUCGUUUGGUUUUACAUUAGUCUUCAUUAGUCAGAGUUUGUGUCCCAAAACAAUGGCUCA